AUGUCUACUGAAUAUCCUGUACAAACCAGACGUAUUUUACCUUCUAUACCAUCCAAUGCAGAAAGAGAGGAAAAGGCAAGACAGCGUAUGGAACUCAAUAACCAAUUCAAAGCUUAUUUAGAAGGACUUCCUUCACUUACCUAUCCUGAUUAUUAUCAAGUCAAUGUUGUGUCUGAUGUGAACGAGACCAAUGAACGCAUUCAUGCCCUUUUAGAAGCCAAUAAACAAGACACAAGUUUCGGUGUUGAUCUAGAAUGGCCACCUCAGUUUGUGAAGGGUAAACCAGAGAACAAGAUCACACUUGUUCAGAUCUGUUCUGCUAAUGAAAUAUUGCUGAUCCAACUUGCUCGUAUGCAUAUACACAUAGCAUUUCCUAUUGAAUUGCGUCGCUUUUUUGAAGAAAAGACUGUCUUAAAAAGUGGUGUCAAUAUCAAUGCAGAUGGACUUAAACUCAUGCGUGAUUUUGGGUUUUUUACCAAUGGCCUUGUUGAACUCAAAGAAAUGUCUGAAGGCUAUGUGAAUUGGUCACACAAUCUUCGCUCACUUCGUGCGCUGACAGGUAUCUUUCUAGGCCAAAAUAUGUCCAAGGGCAAAGUGCGCAUGAGUAAUUGGGCCAAAGCCAAAUUGACAGACAAACAAAUCCAAUAUGCUGCUUUAGAUGCUUAUGCUUCUUAUCAGAUCUUUGCUAAACUAAGACAUUUACGUGGUUCAAAGCCAUUUGCAGUGAAGCAUAUGGUGGCAGAAAAGAAAUUUGCAAAUGAGCUCAAGAGCCAUAUAUCCAUAGAAGAAACAUUUCAACAAAAGAAAAAAGGCCAUGGUCUUCCUUUCUCAACAACUACCUUAAUACGUCCUAAAUCACCAAUAAAGUAA